ACAGUAUAUGUUGUGUACUGUAGUGUUGGCCAAAGUGUUCGUCACUUUUCUCUCCAAAAAAGCGCUUUCAAUAUGGAGUCACAUAUUGUGUGACAAUAUUAGUGAAUGUAUUGAAUGACUGUUUAUGUUAUGUUAUGUUAUGUUAUGUUGUUAUAUAAGUUGUGAUGAAUUUCAAGUGAAUAUAAAUAAUUAUAUUUUGAUUUCAAUUACAAACUUAUCGUUUAAUUAAACAUCAUUUAAAUGAUAACCAGAUUUGUUGAUUGAGUGGACACGAGUGACAAACCAUACAAUUGUCUCAACAAUUAAUAAAUGAUUUGAAGAUGUCUAAACGCAAAUGGGAUGAGUUGUGUGAAUCAAAUGAAAAUUUAAGACCCGAUUCUAGUGAUACCAGAGAUAAUGAGAGACAAGUGAACAACAAUGAGGUUAUUGAUGACAAUUAUGAAACAUAUGAACAAAAUGAUGUCAACGAAGACAUCGAUUCAAGUGAUGAACCGAUACAUAAAAUGGCGCGAAAUGAGUGUGACGUUCAACAGAUACAAGAGUGCAGUCAUUCAGAUGAUGUCUGCCAUUCAAUGCCUACUAUUGAUAACAAUCUACAGUAUAAUAAUGUCAACGAUGUUAUCGAUUCAAACAACAGUGAGAUUAGUAGUUCUGGAAUCAGUAGUUCCAGUAAUGUUGAUGUCAUGGCAUCGACUAAUCAUUUGGAUGACACUUGUUGUGAGGUAGUGGUGGCCACCACUGUUGCUGAUGUCUCCACUUCUAUUGAUGAAGAUUUGGGCUUAGAUUCGGACAAUAAUGUGAUUGAAAGUGAUUGCAAUGAUAGUGCCGACAAUAAAGUGAGCUGUAGUUCAGAGACUACUGCCAAUGGACAACCAUUUUGUCAGUUAGAAGAUAUAAACAGAAGUGAAGUAUAUGUUGAACUACCCAUUAGUGACAAUGAAGUUUACGAACCACAACAAUCACAACUUGUCGACGAAAGCCAACAACAAAUUGUGGCCGAAGAGGUUGUAAUCAGUAACAGCACUAAUGAUGAUAUAAACUAUGAGUUGAAUAAUAGUCCCGUUUAUGGCGAUGAAAAUGAAUGUCCUAUUAGUGUUCCCGAAGAAAAUGAGCACUCGUUAAGUGAUAAUUCAAAUUCUGAUUAUAACUACGAAGCUGUUCAUCAAAACGAAGAAAUAGUUACUCAAGAAAGUGAGUGUCAGACUAUUGAAAUUGAGACCAACGAGUGUUCCAAUGAGAUAAGUGUUGGAACUGAUCCAAUUGUAGAAGUUGGAGAUAAUGUAACGAUUGAGUCUACUUAUGAUGGCAGCAACUCAAGUGUUGGCGCAAGUUUUGUAAGCAAUGGAAGUGCUGACGCUCCGACUACUUCUUCAUCAAUAGGCGGACAAUCAAGUGUUGAUUCAUCAGAAGUUGAUAUUGAAUAUAAGUCACUUCUCAAGACUCCGGGAAAGUCUAAAACGAAGAAAACAGUUAUCUUCGAUGGUGUAACUGUUUACUACUUUCCGCGCUCUCAGGGCUUUACAUGUGUGCCAUCACAGGGCGGGUCUACUCUUGGAAUGGAUAUACAACACAUAGAUUUUAAGACAUUUUCAAUGGAAGGACACGCAGAAGAACGUAAAAGAGUCCACAGAGAGAUAUUGAUGAGACAAAGAAGGUUCGCAAAAAUGCAGGAAAAACGAUACGUAAAUCUGACCUCAUCUUCAGAGUCUGAAGAGGAAUUAUACGACGAUUUAAGCGACAUAUCGGACUCGGAAUUGGAAACUGACAGUUGCUAUUUCCUUCAACCGGUUCCCAUACGACAGCGCAGAGCUUUGUUGAGGGCUUCCGGUGUUAGAAAGAUUGAAACACAAGAAAAGGAAGAAUGUCGAGACAUUAGAGUCUCCAGAGAAUACUGCGGCUGUGAAUGUCGUAUAUAUUGUGAUCCCGAGACAUGUAGCUGCAGUUUAGCCGGCAUUAAAUGUCAAGUGGACAGGAUAAGCUUUCCGUGCGGUUGUACUCGAGAUGGCUGUGCCAACACUAAUGGUAGGAUAGAGUUUAACCCGUUGCGAGUGAGGACUCAUUUUAUCCAUACAUUGAUGCGCAUCGAACUCGAGAAGAAACAGUCACGAGACCAGGAGUUGAAUGGACGGCCACAGCAAUGCCAAUCAGCUGACAAUUAUGUCAGUUCCAGUAGUUAUUCAAAUAAUCAUCAAAUGAUACCAACAAUGAGUUGUGCCAAUUCUCAGAGUAUUAAUAAUAAUUUUAUGCCAUCAGUCAGUCAUAACUCAAAUGCAACCAUUAAUAUGAGUCCAGAGCCAACCACUAAUUCAAAUUCAUUGGAUGUAUAUAAUAGUUCCCCCUUUAGUCCCGAUGAUAGCUCUUAUUCAGAGAACUCAGAUUAUACCAGUGAUGAUUAUGAUUCAGAUACUCCCAAUAACAACAAUUACAAUAAGUUUACCACACAAUCACUACAACCUAUGGAAAGCAGUUCAGCACCAACUGCUUCUACAAGUGCUAUAACAUCAUCAACCGCUUCAUUGCCUCCAUUUCCAACAAUAAGUGCGACCACAGCUAUCAACGCUGUUAAUAGUCAUAGCAAUUCAUUUAUAGCAUUUGCUCAAAAUGGACAGUUCGCUGCAAAUCAGUUGUCCUCUCAUACCAUUAAUGCACAAUCUUUUGCCCCCCAAUAUGUAAUUCAUCCGCAAAUUUAUAAUUACUCUGAUUUAUAUCAACGACAUUACGUAUUAACAAAUGCAAGCGCAUCAAACAUCAACGCUCAACAAUGUCCAACAAAUACCACUUCACAACUCUUGAUUGAAAACAACAACAAUUUGCAAACAAAUAAUAACAAUCACAACAACAAUAAUAAUAAUUGUGAAGUUAUUCCCGUAAUCAACUCUAAUGAAGACGUACAACAAUAUACAGACCUUAGUCUAUCAAUUGCUUCUUCAUCAGCUCACGAAAGCCUCAAUGGCCUGUUGUCUGCGGCCACAGCCAGUAGUUGUAAAGAUAAUCGUUUAACUCCUGUCCUUCUAAAUGAUACACUCAAUGGUGAGUCAUUGACUGAAGAUGAGACCAAUGACUUGUCAUUGAGUAAAGAAAAUAGUGAGUCACAAGAGUCCUCUUCAUUUAUAUCGUCUGAUUGUUCUGAAGGUGACAAUAAUCUCGACAAUAAUGAAAUUCUAUUGAAAACAGAUGAAGUCUGUAACGAUAAUUGCGAUAAUUUUGGCGAAAUAAUUAAGAAGACAAUUGUCGAAACUGUGAGCGCAUGAUAUUAAUCAUUGUUUUAGUUGUCACCAAUUGCUCACAUUUAUCGGUGCUUUAAUUAAUAAUAAUAAUAAUAGUUUGGUAUUAUUUUUAUUGUUAUAUCACUACAUAAAUAUGGUUACAAAUCAACUUACCAUCAAUAUUAUCUCCAAUCCAUUUGAUUUUGUGUAAAUGUGACAAAAAUUGUCUUUAAUAUACAAUUUAUGCCAAUAUCUUGUAUUAAAUGACAUUUGAUUUAAAUUUUAUCUAAAUCCGACUAAACUGUCAAACGGAUUAAUUAAAUUAAUUAUUGAACCUCAUAUAAAGUAUAUAGUUAUUAAAUUAACUAUAAUUAACUUAUAAAUGUUAAUAUUAGGUG